AUGGCGUGCUCUCAGGAGGCAUUGACUUUCAGGGAUGUGUUCAUAGAAUUCUCCCAGGAGGAGUGGGAAUGCCUGGACCAGACUCAGCGGGACCUGUACAGAGAUGUGAUGUUAGAGAACUAUGCCAACCUGGUCUCUUUGGAAAUAUGUGAUAAGAAGGUCUUUUUGCCAUUUUUGGAAAUAGAAAAGUUAUUCACAGAAGAGGCAAUGAGCACACAUGGAAGCACUCAUCUUGGCGACAUUGAAUUAAUAACAGAAAAUACAUGUAAGAGCCAGUGUACAGUGCAAAGUGUGUACCAUGUUGGAUGCAAAAAAACUGGCACAAUCAUGCAGAGUAAGGUCACUACCAUCAAAAUAGAUCAACUGCUUGAGUCAACCUGGAUAAAACCCUCAAGUCAGUCACUUAAUAAUAUAGAGGCUUCUGUUUCUAUAAUUCAAGAUACACAUGAUGUUUUGAAACAUGCUCAGUCUCUGGAAGUAAAUGUGGAACAUCAAGAAAAUUCUCAAGAUCAUACUACAUGUAGUGACUCAAAAACUUUUCAAAAUACAAUUGGCUUAAAUGGAAAUGUAGUUAUUACUCAGCACCAGGACUUACAAAAUAAUAUAAGUCAAUAUAAUAAAAUUUCAAAGUUUUCAAAAUUUAUUAAAAAUCAGAAUUUUUAUACUAAAGAUAAAUGUUAUAAUUAUAAACAAUGUAGCAAAAUAUAUCUAUGCUCUUUUAUAGUUAUUACACAUCAGAAAAUUCAUAGUAGUCAGAGAACUUACAAUUGUAAACAAUGUAAAAAAACACUUAAGAAAUCAGAUCUUACACAACAUCAUAGAAUACAUACUGGGAGAAAACGUCACACAUAUAGGGAGUGUGGAAAAGCCUUUACUAAUUAUUUAAGCCUCAUGAAACAUCAUAGUAUUAAUACUGCGGAGAAACCUUACACUUGUGAAGAAUGUGGAAAAACCUUUAUUCAUCCUUCGAGCCUCAUUCGACAUCAUAGAAUUCAUACUGGGGAGAAACCUUACACCUGUGAAAAAUGUGGAAAAGCCUUUACUCAGUCCUCAAACCUCAUGAAACAUCAUAGAAUUCAUACUGCGGAGAAACCUUACACUUGUGAAGAAUGUGGAAAAGCCUUUACUCAGUCCUCAAGCCUCAUGCAACAUCAUAGAAUUCAUACUGGGGAGAAACCUUACACUUGUGAAGAAUGUGGAAAAGCCUUUACUCAGUCCUCAAGCCUCAUGCAACAUCAUAGAAUUCAUACUGGGGAGAAACCUUACACCUGUAAAGAAUGUGGUAAAGCCUUUACUUGGUCCUCAAGCCUCAUGAAACAUCAUAGAAUUCAUACUGGGGAGAAACCUUACACCUGUGAAAAAUGUGGAAAAGCCUUUACUCGGUCCUCAAGCCUCAUGAAACAUCAUAGAAUUCAUACUGGGGAGAAACCUUUCACUUGUGAAGAAUGUGGAAAAGCCUUUACUCGGUCCUCAAACCUCAGGGAACAUCAUAGACUUCAUACUGGGGAGAAACCUUACACUUGUGAAGAAUGUGGAAAAGCCUUUACUCAUUCCUCAAACCUCAUGGAACAUCAUAGAAUUCAUACUGGGGAGAAACCUUACACCUGUGAAGAAUGUGGAAAAGCCUUUAAUCGGUCCUCAAACCUCAUGGAACAUCAUAGAAUUCAUACUGGGGAGAAACCUUUCACUUGUGAAGAAUGUGGAAAAGCCUUUACUCAUUCCUCAAACCUCGUGAAACAUCAUAGAAUUCAUACUGGGGAGAAACCUUACACCUGUGAAGAAUGUGGAAAAGCCUUUACUCAUUCCUCAAGCCUCAUGGAACAUCAUAGAAUUAUACUGGGGAGAAACCUUACACUUGUGAAGAAUGUGGAAAAGCCUUUACUCAGUCCUCAAGCCUCAUGAAACAUCAUAGAAUUCAUACUGAGAAGAAA